AUGUAUGAAGAAACAAAUGAAGAUCCAAUGAUGAACGAAUCAGCAAACACAAAUUCUGCACCAUCUCCAUCAAAAUUUCAAAAGAUUCAACUCCGAUUAAUUCCUGCCCUCAAUAUCAUUGGUUUUAUAUUGGUAAUUAUAGUGAAUGCAUUGGGAGCGGCUGGAAUUUUGAAUAACAUUCCAACUGGAAAGGUUUCUGAUGAAUAUGAAACUCCACUCACUCCUGCAGGUUAUGCAUUUUCCAUUUGGGGAUUAAUUUAUACAUUCAUUGCCUUGGUAAUUGUUAUUAAUACUGUUCAGAGCUUGAUUAUGGGAAGAAAUAAUGAACUGUUGAAUGAAAAGAUUUCAAUCCUAUUACCUGUCAAUUUCCUUUUUAAUUGUUUGUGGAUGUUUGCUUGGCAAUAUUCUGCACGUGGAAAUAUUGGAUUGUUGUGGUUGAGUUUGGUUUUCAUGUUUGGAAUUUUGGCUAGUUUGAUUUUAAUGUAUUUGAGAGUGAAUGUGCAUUAUUAUGAACCAUCAAAAAAGGAAAAUUCUAAACCUACCAUUCAAGGAAAUUCAAUUCUUGCUAAAUUUGUAAAUUCUUUCACCAUGACAAGAAAAUGCAAUUUCUGGGAAUAUUGGAUUGUUCAACCAAUGAUUAGUUUGUAUAUGGGUUGGAUUAGUGUUGCCACCACUAUUAAUAUUGCCAUUACUCUCACUACUCACUUUUCCACCACAGAAUCGAAUAUUUAUGAGAGAUCAUUGUGGGGAGUUUCUAAUGUAAUUUGGACAUGCAUUUUGGAAGGUGUUAUUGUUUGUUUGGGAAUUAUCUUUCUCCAUUGGAAACGUGAUUUCGUAUUUGCAAGUGUCUUUUCUUGGGCCUUAUUUGCAGUUAGUGUCAAACAAAAGGCAAAUCAAGUGGUCAGUGUAUGCUCAGCUGUUUGUGCUUCAAUUAUUAUCUUCUUUGUAUUGUAUACUAUUGUAUUGACCUUGGUUGAUUAUAUUCAAUGUUAUGGUGGAAUUAAGGGAACUUGGAAACAAAUUAGAAAGAGUGUAAAGAAGAGUUUUACAAAGAAUUAA